AUGCUCAUUUCAACACUAUUUUCUGUCGUCAUCGACACCCCAACAGUUCUAAACACCGAUUCUUUACUACCGAUUCCACUAAGUAUUGUGCUCAUGAGAACAUUUACAUCGGGGUCAAUAUUGUCACUUCUAGCAGCCACGAGGAAUUGCAAGCCACUGGACUUGACUUCCAAACGAUACCUGUCAAAUGUGCAAUACAAGAAUCGAAACCCUAGGGUUUAUUUGGAAAAGACUGCACACCAUACAACGGGGAUUGUGGUCCACUCUUCCAAUUCUGUCGUAACCUCAGCUUCUACCCGAGAGCCAAGCAUCCAGAAACAUCUGUAUAGUUGUGUUGACGUGUCUGCCGCAGAAAAUAUUGGACAUAUCCUUGCCUAUCGUUGCCUUCAAUGUGGCCUAGUUUCACUCUUUUUCGAUACUGUUGAAGCCUCACUUACUAACGAAAGCAUCAAAGCCUUCUACGAUGCCCUCUUAGAAGGCGGAUUGACUCUACAAGAACCGGAUGAAAUUGCUCCACCCGAACCUUUGGGAAUCGAUUAUGACAGUCUCACGGACCAGGAAAAGCGUGCUCUUUAUCCAAGUUUGAUCGAGAACCUCAGAACGAUACCGGACUGGAAUGAUAUCAAAUAUCCGUACUCUCUACGGCCGCGAGCCGGGAAAGUCAAGUUACGAAGCCAGUACCAGAUCCUGUCGAAAAUACGACAAGGCAUGGUUUGGGACCCUUUCUACAAGCGUAUGGUGUUACCACAGAACAAAGCACACUGGCAACACGAUCUAGAGCAACGUCAUUUGAAGCACCUGGAAGAACCUAUCGACACACUGGAGCAGGAAGAGUCAAUACCAGUUGCUGUUCCAAAAAAGUGGCUUCUAGAGUGAUGCUCAACGUUCCUAAUAUAGCAUAU